AUGACAGUACCUCCAACAGCUAGCUUAUUGCAGAGGCUGAGAGAAAUUCAUCGAGAAGCCAUGUGCGCCGAUAUAUCCUUUUGGUGCAGAACACAUUGGCGAAAAAUCCUGGCGGAAUUUAUUUCCACCUUCCUCCUUAUAUUACUCGGUUGUAUGUCGUGUGUGCCGGCCCCGGGCAGCGAUGCCAGCAUAUACCCAGCCUUUGGAUUCGGCAGUGCAGUCAUGUUCAAUGUCCAAAUAUUCGGCCACAUAUCUGGAGCACACAUGAAUCCAUCAGUGACUUUAGCAUCAGUCAUCUGGGGCAGUACACCCAUUGAUUUGGCAGGUGCUUAUGUAGUAGCGCAAUGUGCGGGAUCAAUAGUUGGUUAUGGGAUCCUAGUCCUGCUGUCACCAAUCGAUUUGUUGAACGCAGGAGUAUGUGUUACGAGGCCAAUAUUCGGGAUGUCGAUGUUCCAAGCAUUAGGAAUUGAGAUUUUUAUUACGGCAGCCUUGUGCUUUGUCUGUUUGAGUGUGUGGGAUCCAGUAAAUGAGAAAAAGCAAGAUAGCACUGCACUGAAGCUUGGUGUUACGAUUCUGGGACUUAUUUUUAUAUCUGGGCCGCUGACUGGUGCCAGCAUGAACCCUGCGAGGAGCUUGGGUCCUGCGAUAUGGAGCGUGCAGUGGGUUCGGCACUGGGUUUACUGGCUUGGACCUCUUUUGGGAGGUGCUUUGGCGGCAGUGAUAUACAAAUACGUCCUUUUAAAGAAACUGCUGGUACAGACUCCCGAUAAGGUUUGA